CGAUAAAGCUGUCAGCAUCUCUCUCUCUCUUUCCUCACCAAGAAAACUUUCGUGGCUUCGUUGGCACCUAACGCUGUGCUCGUCUGCCCCACACGCUGUCGCCGCCCUUCCUCGGCGCUUUCAUCUUCACAGCAGUGAAGGCUUUCUCAAGUGUUGGUAGAAGUACCUUCGAUGGCGCACCACAUAAGCACACCGCCGGCGGGCGGAGGGUCGGGUUUGCAGGUGGUAGGUCAUGGCCCGGGUCCUUUUGGUGACACUACGCACACCAAGGUUUUCGUUGGAGGGUUGGCGUGGGAGACCCAGAGCGAUUCCCUGCGCCGCUACUUUGAGCAGUUCGGCGACAUACUGGAAGGUGUCGUCAUCACCGAUAAGCACACCGGACGCUCCAAAGGAUAUGGUUUUGUGACGUUCCGUGAUCCUGAAGCUGCUAGUAAGGCUUGUGCCAACCCAAAUCCAGUCAUUGAUGGUAGGAGAGCAAACUGCAAUCUUGCUUCGCUUGGGCGCCCUUCAACUUUUCCUUAUGAGUCACAUUCAUCAAGUCUACCGUAUAUGGGGCCGCAAGCUUUGGGAGGUUUGUAUAUGGGAAGCCCAGUUUACCAGCUCCCAGUUACGUAUGGCUUUCAACCUGGAGUGCCAUAUCCACCUUAUAGGUACCCUGCUUAUGCCCCUGAAUAUGUAUACCCUCAGAUGUAUGGAUUAUCAGGUACAAAUUCACUGUCGUUUGGUCACAUGAGUCCUCAACCUGGUAAUCCUGGGUACCCGAUGAUGCGAGGUUAUUUCAUGCCAGGUCCUCAUAUGGUACAAUAUCAUCACAGACCUAAUGUCAGUGGAGCAAUCACAGACAACACUUCCACAAUGCAAAUGCCAUAUCAUUCAGGUGUUAUCAUGCCUUCUGUGGGUCAACCACAGGCGGCAGUUCGUUCACAUUUGCUGCACUUUCCACGUGGUAGUGCCUCUGAUCGAGUGUCUGGUUGAUUUUCAGUAGAGAAACAUUAUUUCUUGGCCUUCAACACCAAAUCACGAGCUGCGAAAAGGAAAUGAUGUACAUAAUCUCAGGUGCCAGCUUUUGAAUUUGACCUUUGGAAGCUAACCAAAAUGCAAUUAAAGGUCUUCCGAAGUCAAUGGACACCAAUGAUAACUAAGUGUCACAGUAAAAUAUUGCCCCGCUCUGGUGCUUUAAUCCACUGAUUGCCGGGAGUUGGUUUCCAGCAAUUGUGAUUUGGGAGAAUCAACAUAUGAUUCCUGCCUGAAUGGUCUUGGUCCCCAGGGUGUUGGACCAACAGUCGUUCGUUGCAUGUCUAGUGUCAUUUCAUCAUUCAUGUGGAUUCAGACAAGGAUUAGUUAAUUGUCUAUACAUUUCCCCUUGCUGUAAAAAUCAUGUGCGUCAACUUUGUCACAUUUACGAUGUCCACUUUUCUGAAAUGUACAUAAACGAUUUCAUCUCAAUUGGAAAUGCCCUUUCAAUUUAUACUUCCAUUUUGGGUAAAUUCCCCAAAAUAAGUGACAAAGUAAUGUGAAAUUUUAAAAUUGGAGUUGG